ACUGUUCUGUUUCCAUUUCAUUCCAACAAUGCGAUAGUUCUUCUCUAAUCUCCUCCAAAUUUAAGUUAUCGCUGUAUAAAUCGAUAUCUCAACAAAAUGCUACCACUGUCACUUUUGAAAACAGCACAGAGCCAUCCUAUGUUGGUGGAGCUGAAAAAUGGUGAAACAUACAAUGGCCACUUAGUUAGUUGCGACUCCUGGAUGAAUAUCAAUCUGCGCGAUGUAAUUUGCACCUCAAAAGACGGCGACCGUUUCUGGCGAAUGCCGGAAUGCUAUAUCCGCGGAAGUACUAUUAAAUAUUUGCGUAUUCCCGACGAAGUGAUCGACAUGGUGAAAGAGGAUGCGCAGGCAAAGUCGAGAAAUCGCACAGAGAUGAAUAAAAACCGUGGCGGCAACUCGUCGCAGAAUCAACGCGGCGGACGCCCUGGUGGCAACCGAAACAAUGUGGGCAAUCGUCCUGGCCAGGGAUACGGAGGUCCUGGAAACAAUGCGAUGCGCCUCGGUGGAACUGCUGGUCAAGGGAAUCGUCUGCCCCACGCCGCCAAGAAUAGAAAGUAGUUGUUUGGAGCGUAGUAAUAAAUUUCUUUCAACUAUUCAA